AUGGAUUCCUCAGAGAUAAGACAGAAUUUUGACCGCUUCCGAAUCCUCAUUAUAGGAAGAGCGAAUGCAGGAAAAACCACCAUCCUCCAGAGGGUUUGCAAGACACGUGAGAACCCAGAAAUAUACGACAGGGCCGGGCAAAAGAUCGAUCCCGCCGUGUUGAUGGCAUCUAGAGAGCGCGGGGUACACGAUAUCGAGAAUGAAAUGGUGUUUCAAAGCAACCAAGGAUUCAUUUUCCAUGAUUCACGCGGGUUUGAGGCAGGAGGACAAUUUGAAUUCGACAAGGUGAAGGCUUUUAUCGGACGUCGUUCUAAGAAGAGACGUCUGAGUGAUCAAAUCCAUGUCAUAUGGUACUGCAUUCCGAUGGAUGAGGAUGCAAGGUCUUUCACAGCGGCAGAAACCAAGUUUUUCUCUCAGUGCGACACAGGAAGUGUUGCAGUAAUGGUGUUGUUCACUAAAUUCGACGCUCUCUAUGACGAUGAAUUUGCAGAGCUGACGAGUAAGGGAGUAUCGAGAAAAGAUGCUCAAACGCUGGCCUCGCAGCAUGCCAAAGAAGCAUUUGCCAAUGGGCCACAACUAAAGCUUUUGUACGACCACAAGAACAAUCCACGUCCUCCAAGGUGUCACGUAUGCCUGCCUGAUAUGGACAAGGAUGAUGCAGACUGCGGAAUACUGAUCGAACGCACGGCCGAAACUCUGGAUGAUGAUACACUCAAAAAAAUGUUUGUUUCAACUCAGCGGAGCAACUUGGAGUUGUGCAUGAGAUAUGCAGUCGAAAUGUAA